AUGCAGCUCGGGGAUAGAAAACCUUCCGACUUGUUGGUAGAAAUGAGGAAUAAGGCCGGCAAUAAGAUCAGCGAAGAGGUAUUGAAGUCCUUGUUUCUGCAACGGCUGUCUAGCCACAUGCAGCAGAUCUUGGCUAUCACCAACGAUAAAUUGGAGUGGUUAGCGGAGAUGGCCGACGGAAUCAUGGCAGCAGCAACCGAUACUAUUUCGAUUCAGGCUGUGUCAUCAGAGGAAGCAUCCAUGCAAGCCACUCUGAUGGAGAUUUCAUCCCGCCUAUCUCGCCUAGAGGCACGUUCUAGGUCCCGUUCCCGAGAAUCUGGUAGACGAUUUCGCCAGAGAGAGACUAACAGAGAAGAGGGAAAUCUUUCUCACUGCUGGUAUCACCAGCGUUUCAUGCGUAUAACUCAGCAGUGCAGACCACCUUGCUCUUUCUCGGCGGAAAACUAA